UCGAGGCCGCACGACUCAUCGACUUGUUUGAUAACAACUUCUGUUUCCAGUGAAAUCCAAGGAACUUGGCGACUCAUGCAGCCCAUUGACGUCGCUCGUUCCCUGGGCGCACAAUGGCCCUGCCGGGACGUCCAGGCGAGGCAGCUUGCCAGCCUGCUCCAUGUGAGUAUUUCUCGGAGGUCUCUCCGAGCUCCGCAGCUGGUUGGACCUAGUAUUUCUAGCCCGCCAACGAUGGUGGUAUACGGCGUGGCUGCCACCUGCAAAACAACCAUCAUCCGCGGCGUCCUGUCCACACUCGAAGUGCCGUAUGCCUUCGUUCGCAGUUCAGAAUGCAUCACUGGACGACAUCUCCUGACCAAGAUCCUUUGGAACACACUCGAGGCCCUUGGGAAGAAAGAUGAGUGGGAGAAGUUCGGCAAAGGGCGAUGCGAACACGUGAGCACCCUUGCGGUGCUGUUGGAGGAGUGUCUCGCAACGAAGCCGGACGAGCAGCGCGGGAAGUUUGUGUUGGUGCUGGAUGAAAUUGAUCGGCAGCGAGAGGCACCACAGACAUUACUGUCUGCUUUGGCACGACUGGGAGAGAUCAUUCCGUCGCUUUGUGUUGUUCUGGUGCUGAGCUCGACUCCUCGACCGCUUUUUCUACAGAGUGCAGCAGUCCCCCACAUCAGCUUUCCUCCGUAUACCAGGAAGGAGGCUAUCGACAUUCUACUGGCGUCCCCAGUGCCGUUGGUGGAAGGUCUGCCUGACGAGACUUGUUCGCGGGUAUAUCCGCACUUUGUCGCAACAAUUUUCGAUACCCUAGUUGGACCAACGGCAGGAUCCAUCCCCACGUUCCGAUCUAUAUGCAACCGACUGUGGCCCUUGUUCGUCGCACCAGUGGUGCAGGGCGAGGCUCCGCCCGGCAGGAACACGGAAUGGGACUUCACCCGUCUACUGGUGAAGAAUCGGGCACUUUUCCGGCACCAAGGCGAGUCAGCGCUCGUGCAUCGCAUUGUGCCCGAGGACUCCACCAACCCGGGAAAGACAGUCCGGAAGCCACUGGCAAUCUCAGCUGCUCCAUCCGCCCUGCCUCACCUCCCUUAUUUCUCGACAUUGAUUCUGACAUCCGCAUACCUGGCAUCUCACACCCCGCAACGUCUGGACACAAUCUUCUUCUCCAAGUUCUCUUCAUCAUCGCUGUCGGCACGUAACAAGCGCGCCCACCAUCGUCGCCGGCUGAAGGUCCUUUCCCAAGCGCGGGCCGAAGAUAGAGCAGCUGCCAACGACGAUCCCUCGACACCCCGGAAGGGCAAGCGGACGAAAACCCGCAUCACAAAAUCCACCCUUUCCUCCGCCUUCGCCACAUCCUCUGCCACAACGUCCGCAAUUGGCGGCGGCGCGGGCAUCACGGGCCCAUCGACUAUUCUCACAGCCCGCCCAUUCCCUCUAGAACGCCUCCUGGCAAUCUACCAUGCCGUCGAUCCCAACCCACCCGAAAACCCCAUCCGUACCGGUGCUGUGGCAGAUCAGAUCUACGCUGAGCUAGCGACGUUACGCCGUCUGCGUCUUGUGGUGCCUGCUUCGGGCCAUGUUGGAUUUGCGAGCACGGGGAGUGGGAAUACAAGUGCGGAUGCGGGCGAAAAGUGGUGCGUGAAUGUGUCGGGUGAUUGGAUUGGGGAGCUGGCGAAGGGCAUUGGGGUUGAAGUUGGAGAGUGGCUUGCCGGUGGGCUGGAUUGA